AUGGGGGGGGAGACGUCAGGCUGCUGCAGGCUCAGGGGGAGACGUCAGGCGGCUGCAGGCUCAGGGGGAGACGUAAGGCUGCUGCAGAAUGGGGGGGGAGACGUAUGGCUGCUGCAGGCUCAGGGGGAGACGCUCGGGGGGAGACGUAAGGCUGCUGCAGGCUCAGGGGGAGACGUAAGGCUGCUGCAGAAUGGGGGGGGGAGACGUAAGGCUGCUGCAGGCUCGGGGGGAGAGAGACGCUCAGGGGGAGACGUAAGGCUGCUGCAGGCUCAGGGGGGAGACGUAAGGCUGCUGCAGGCUGGGGGGGGGAGACGUAAGGCUGCUGCAGGAUCAGGGGGAGAUGUAAGGCUGCUGCAGGCUGGGGGGGGGGACGUAUGGUUGCUGCAGGCUCAGGGGGAGACGUAA